AUGGCGGACGGACAUGACGCUCUGUGUAUAGAUGGAGAAGAUAUUAGUGAACUUAAAGUGACUGAAUUAAAGAAAGCUUUAUUAAAGGAAAGAGGUUUGAAGAUCUCGGGAAACAAGCCCGUUUUUAAGGAAAGGCUCAUAAAAUACAUAGCAGUUUAUGGCACCGAAAGGAAUAAGACGGUCGAUCCUUCUUCGGAGAGCUGUAGUAACGAAAUCUCGCCUGACCUACCUGUUUUCAAACAGCUACCCUCGGGUUUUCCGAAUAAAGAAGUCUACAAUAUCAAAGGUCCGGAGUUUUGUAAUUUCGUUCUGUCAUCAUAUGAAGAAGCAAUGAAAUGGCGAAAGAACCUCUUUACAGUUCCCUCUGGAAAAGCAAGGAAAGAUUUUAUAAAUUUAUUGGGCGAGUGGUUGAUAAGAUUUAAUAAUGAGGAUGCCUUCAUGGGGUUUCAUUAA